AUGGGAGACCAGAUGCUGCUGGAAGUGGUGUUGGAGGGCCAGUGUGAUGGUGUGUCUAUCCAGUGUCGAUCCCGGUGUGAUGUACUGACCUGUGACCAGGUCAAAGCGGAUCAGACUCCUGGACCGAAUGUCUUGACAGAGAUAGACAGUCUCCUGUCUCAAGGUAUCCUAAGCAACAGCAGGGAGGUGAGUGGGUUGCUAGGCGCCGUGGAGGACACCUUGAUGCUCAUCGGGUCACAGCUCAGAGACACCUACACCACCAUGGAAACAGACCACACAGCUACUGAGCUUGCAGUGAGGAGGGGACAGACUCCGCCCAUUGGGCCAAUCAGCCUGGCCAAUGACAACGUGCGACUGGACACCAGCUGGGAGACAGCCACUGGCAACGGGACGUACCCAGGUUUCGCUCUGGCUGGGUUGGUGUGUUACAAGACAGUGGAGAGAUCUGUCAACAACUCCUUCCAGUACCUCACUGACACGGACACAAACAGAGACACAGCAACCGCCACAGCAUCAAAGCCUAGCUACCAGAUCAGUUCCAAGGUGGUAACAGCUUUUGUCAGUAACCCAGCAACAGAACACCUCACCAAGCCUGUCAUCCUCACCUUCAGACAUCUACAGGUGAGGGCGGAGUCAGCGGAGAUGAACUAUACCUGUGUGUUCUGGUCGGAGGGGCGUGUCCAGGAAGAGGGAGGGGCGUGGUCAAGUCGUGGCUGUACCAAAGUCACAUCUAACGCUACAUACACCGUGUGUUCCUGUUCCCACCUUAGCAGCUUUGCUGUUCUCAUGGCCCUCUACCCUGUACAGAACACCUUUGAGCUGCGUCUGUUGACGUGGCUGGGUCUGUCGGUGUCUGUGGUGUGUCUGUUGCUGUGCAUCCUGACAUUCUGGCUGUGUCGGUCCAUCCAGGAGACACGCACCACCAUCCACCUCCACCUCUGUGUCUGCCUCUUCAUCGCUGACCUCGUCUUCCUCACCGGAAUCUCUCACACACAGAACAAGGGAGGAUGUGGGUUUGUAGCAGGUCUCCUCCACCUGUUCUUCCUAGGAUCCUUCAGUUGGAUGUUGUUAGAGGGGGUUCAGCUCUACCUCAUGGUGGUCCUGGUCUUCAACACUACCAUAAGACCUCUGUACCUGUAUGCUGUGGGAUAUGGACUGCCACUGACUAUAGUCAUCAUCUCUGCUAUCACCUACCCAGAUGGAUAUGGUACCACACAACACUGUUGGUUGUCUCUGGAGAGAGGAUUCAUCUGGAGAUUCUUUGGCCCAGUGUGCACCAUCAUCAUCCUCAACGCUUUCUUCUUCAUCAUCACUGUCUGGAGGCUUGCCCAGAAGUUCUCUAGUCUCAACCCUGACCUCUCCAACCUACGCAAGAUCAAGGGUCAAGGAGCGCAGAGACCACGGGGGAGUCGCAGAUCUGACGUCACCAAACCCCCAUAA